CAUACUAUUCCGCCGGUCUGUUCUGCGAAUAUUUAUCUUCAAGACCCACGCUAUCCACAAUGCACGCUGCCAAGGUUCUGCUCCUAUGCUUAAUCGGCCUUAUCGGCUUGGACUUCGGUUUGGCUAGCGUAGCCCACGUCAAGCGAGGCGGCAGUUUCCCGGGUUCCGAAUGCACAGCCACCUUGAAACAACCGAACGGAAAGAACGCGGCCGCAAGCUUCAACUGGCAGUUUUGGAAACAGAAGACCAACCCGUGGCAAGCUCAAUUCCCAGUCGGCGCCACAGAGAAACGUCAAGUGACCCUUUUUGUGAACAACGACAAGCGAUGCUCAGCCAAAUUCUGGGUGGAUUUGAAAACUUGCACUAUGCAAUCAAAUCCUCGACUUCCAAAAUCUGCAACAUUCGAAAUUGAAAAACAUUUCUCUCAACCGUCUCCAAUCUUGCCCGAGGGACAGUCCUCUGAAGGUACGGUUCAAUGGCAAAACUGCCCACCCGGAAUGACCGUCCACGUGGAUUUCUGAAGAGUUGAUUAGACUAUUACGUACCUUUUUUAAGAACUUUGCUGUAUUGUUUUGUCUCUUUCUCUUCUUGGGCUACCGGUUAUACUUUGAUUCUCAUCGAAGGGUGUGUGUUCCAUGUUUGCCACCCACACAUUACUAGCUUCACAUAAAAUACCUUUUCCAUCUUUUUAUUUCCAUUCCAUCUUUUCAAAUCCA